AUGAUGGUUGCGGUGACCGCUGGACUGUGGUUGUUGUGCCUGGUUGCUGUCGUGGAUCUCCAAGAAGCAGUGGACACAGAAUGUUGUUCAGACGCAGCAGCAGACGAUGCUCAAAACACAGAAGAGACUCAGCAGGAGUUAGAUGUGGAACUGGAGGAAGCCUGUCCUGAACUCAGCGGUCAGAUCAUUGGCGGUAGACCGACGUCAGUGAACAGGCAUCCUUACCAAGUGUCCAUGGUGUUGAAUGGGAACUCCUUCUGUGGCGGGUUCAUCAUCAGCCGGGACUAUGUGCUGACUGCCGCUCAUUGUGUACAGAACACCUCUCCCAACGCCAUUCGUCUCCGUGUCGGCAGCACCCGUCGUGACACCGGCGGCCGCAUAGUCCGGGUCACCAAUGUGACUGUCCAUCCUCAGUACGGGAGGCCACAGUUCGACAACGACAUAGCUGCCCUCAGGCUGGCACGUCCUCUGAACUUUAACGCCAACAUCAGACCUAUCAGGCUGCCGCAGCCGAGGCAAGCAGUUCCUCUUGUGAGGCUCACUGUGACUGGGUGGGGUCUUACUGCUGUGGGAGGACGUCGUAUCCCCCGUAACAUGAUGGAGGCGAAUGUGCCAGUAGUGCCGCACUGGCUCUGCCGCCUCUCCUAUGGGGAGUCUCUCACCAACAACAUGUUCUGUGGCGGACACUUCCUCAUCGGAGGAGUGUCGUCUUGUCAGGGUGACUCCGGAGGACCAGCGGUGUUCCGCAACACUGCCUUCGGCGUGGUAUCAUUUGCCAGAGGCUGCGCAUUACCGCUAUCACCGACCGUCUUUACCAACAUUGCCUCACUCAGGACUUGGAUCACAGACAACACAGGCGUCUAACCCAAACCCAACCUUAUUCCAAACACCGUAGAUUUAAAUUCCAGCAACACUGUGAUAGAUAAAUGUGUAGAAUCCAGCAGAGCUUAAGUUAUCCCCGUUACUUAGUCGCGUCUUGGCUGCGAGCCAGUUAGCUUUCCGAUUGCUACAAAAUAUGGUUUUUGUAAUUUUGUAUCCGCGGUUAAGCUACUGUAUUAUAGGAUUGUAUUGUAUUAAGAUUUUUUGAACUUAUUCCAAGUUUUGUUAACAUUUUAGUAGCAGGAUAUUGAGACCAUAGCUUCAACUGGAUUUUCUGAUGUUUUUAGCAAUGUAUAUAGGAUGGUCUUGUUACUAGAUUUUAUAACAUGAGCUCUGCCUAGACUGUAAUAAGUGUUAUUUUUAAUUUAUUUUUGUAUCGAAAUGUUUUGUAUUAAAGAUUUUUACC